GCUCUCGAAAGGUGAUUAUGGCGGAAAGCUGCUACCGAAUGCGGAUGGGCGAGCCGGUUCCGCCACGCUGGACGGGCCAGCGGCUGGCACGCGCCGGCCACACGAGCGCUCGUCGUCUGCGAGGCCACCGCUCGGCGUCGCUGCGUGCGUCGGCGAUCGCGCUUGGCUGUGAGGUGGGACGGCGGCAUGGCGCGCCGACGUGCCGCCCGAGCGCGUUUGGGGGCAGUGCAGCAGCUCCUCGCCACACCUCUUUCCCGCCGCGCGCGAGUUGAGCUCCGAUUUGCGCUCUUUUUCGCACACGCUCGACGCUAUUAGGUGAGGAUGGUCGAUCCUCCGCUAGCAGGGCUUCGUCGGGCGCGUCUUCGUCGAGCGGUGGUGCAUCUCCCAUGGUUGCUCCCCCCCGCGCCUUCCUCGCAGCCCACCCGCGGCCAACACCGACGCCCCCCCUCACGUGCUCGAUCACCGUCGGAGGUGCGGGUUUUUUGCAAGGCCCCCGUCGGUACGGGGCGCUGGGCGAUGGCUGGGCUUGUCGCCGGGCGAGCUGGCCCGUCAGUCGCACGGCCGCGGAGCGGAGAUGCAAAAUCGAGGCGGCGCGGCCCCUCGCUGCGCGCAGCCUGUCUGGCCGGCGCGCGCAUGGUUCCGUAGCCCGUCUAGUGCCUCACUGACCGACUCCAGCGCCACGGUGUACGUGGCCGGUGUGGUGCUGGGGCUGGGCAGCCUUGGGGCCGGCGGAGACCGCCGUCUAGCGGUCGCACUAGUCGGAUGUCGUUGUUUGACCUGUUUUGUUCAACGGUUGUUUGACCAUACUUUGAGCGCCUUAAUU